UCCCAUCGUCCUGGCGGAAGAUUCGGGCUCGCGACUCGUUUGUUUUCGUCGCCGUCUUCUCCUCCACUUCUUUCUUUCAUCCUGCAGAUGGCACCGAAGCCCGUCAUGAGCCCCAUCCCCAUGCAUUUAUACCCAGCGGUCUCUGCUCUUUUGCUCGUUGUUGGUCUUCUCGUCUCUGCGUUCUUCUUCAUUUACGAAGCUACUACAUCCACUAGGAACCGCAGCCUAGCUAAGGAGCUCGUGACUGCUACCAUUGCAUCUGGUUUCCUGGGCUUUGGGUCUCUAUUUUUGCUCCUUGCCACUGGCGUGUACGUUUGAUAUUGUCGACCAAUGAAUCUUCGAAUCAGUCAAGCACUUUCUGAAUAUGAUAAUCGACUUUAGU